AUGUCCUCAAUUUUCGAUGGAUGUUGUAUCACAUUCUCUGGCGUGUUUGACGCUGGCAAUCAUAGCAAACUACAGAGCAUUGUCAAGGAACAUGGCGCAGUCCAUUCCUCCAGUUUAACGAAGAAAACCACCCAUUUGGUCGUAACAAAAGAGGAUUAUGCGAGGCCUAGUAUGAAAGUUACUUCAGCUAGAGCAAGAGCCGAAGAAAUAUCGAUUGUGACUUGGCAAUGGGUCGAAGAUUCUAUCAGUCAAAAGUGUAAGGUAGACGAAUCCAAAAAACGAGCGGUUAAAACCGAGAAAGAAGAUACGACUGAUGAAAAUUCUGUUGUCGUUGCUUCAAGUUCAAAAAGUGAGACAACUAAGAAAAAAAGGAAAAUAAAAACUAGUACGUCCUCCGCUAGCGUGCAGACUGUUGAUGUUAAGAUUGUCGAAGAGAAAAAAAUGGUCACAAUAAUAAAGAAAGGGAAGGCACCUGUUGAUUCCUUGUUUAGAGAGAAAGAUCGUACUCACGUAUAUUCAGAUGAUACAACUGUAUGGGAUUGUCUUCUUAAUCAAACCAAUGUCGCAAAUAAUAACAAUAAAUUCUUUGUUAUCCAACUCUUGAAGCUUGAUUCUGCGAACCAAUAUUUUGUCUUCACCAGAUGGGGCCGAGUUGGCUAUGAAGGACAACAAUCUACUUUAGGCCCUUUCUUCGACUUGGAU